AUGGCAAAAAAAAAAAAACAAAUUCAUUUGAAUAUAAUAGAUUUUCAAAAAUAUUAUCAAACUGACGAUUUAUUAUUAGAUACCUCCAUAUCCACAGAAAAAAAAACAGUAGAUAAUCAAAAAUUUAUAAGAAAAAACAGAACUUUAGAAAAGGAUGAAGUGGUUCAAAAUAUAGACUGGAGAACUUUUGAUAAUGAAAAAGAAAAAGAAACAAAUAAUGAGAAUACUUCAAAUGUAAAUAAAAUAAAAAGUCCGGGACAAGAAAAAAAAAAUUUUAAAAAAAGUAAUGAUGUUAUAACUUUAGGAGCACGUAAUAAAAAUAAAUUAACCAAUUUAAAUGCUGAUGAUAUAGAUUUUACAAACUUGAGAAACAAAAAGAAAGAAGAUGAUUUAGACUUUUCAAAUUUAAGGAAUAAAAAGAAAGAAGAGGAAGAUGUUGAUUUCUCAAAUUUAAGAAAUAAAAAGAAAGAAGAUGAUGUGAACUUUUCAGAUGUAAGAAAUAAAAAGAAAGAAGAGGAAGAUGUUGAUUUCUCAAAUUUAAGAAAUAAAAAAAAGGAAGAUGAUUUAGAUUUCUCAAAUUUAAGAAAUAAAAAGAAAGAAGAGGAAGAUGUUGAUUUCUCAAAUUUAAGAAAUAAAAAAAAGGAAGAUGAUUUAGAUUUCUCAAAUGUAAGAAAUAAAAAUAAAGAAGAUGAUUUAGAUUUUUCAAAUGUAAGAAAUAAAAAGAAAGAAGAUGAUGUGAACUUUUCAGAUGUAAGAAAUAAAAAGAAAGAAGAUGAUUUAGAUUUUUCGAAUGUAAGAAAUAAAAAGAAGGAAGAUGAUUUAGAUUUUUCAAAUGUAAGAAAUAAAAAUAAAGAGGACGAUAUGGACUUUUCUAAUGUAAGAAAUAAAAAGAAAGAAGAUGAUUUAGAUUUUUCAAAUGUAAGAAAUAAAAAGAAAGAAGAUGAUUUAGAUUUUUCAAAUGUAAGAAAUAAAAAGAAAGAAGAUGAUUUAGAUUUUUCAAAUGUAAGAAAUAAAAAGAAAGAAGAUGAUUUAGACUUUUCAAAUGUAAGAAAUAAAAAGAAGGAAGAUGAUUUAGACUUUUCAAAUGUAAGAAAUAAAAAGAAAGAAGAUGAUUUAGAUUUUUCAAAUGUAAGAAAUAAAAAGAAAGAAGAUGAUUUAGACUUUUCAAAUGUAAGAAAUAAAAAGAAGGAAGAUGAUGUGGACUUUUCAAAUGUAAGAAAUAAAAAGAAGGAAGAUGAUGUGGACUUUUCUAAUUUAAGAAAUAAAAAGAAAGAAGACGAUUUAGACUUUUCAAAUUUGAGAAAUAAAAAGAAAGAAGAAUCCAAGGAAAAUGAUACAAAUAAAAGUGAGAAACCACUUUAUCUAAGAAGAUUAGAAGAAUAUAGAAAAAAAAAGAAACUUGAGAAUCAAGCAAAUGAUACAGCAAUGAAAAUCCAUGAAAAGGAACAAAUAGAUGAUAUUCAAGAAAGAAAAGAAGAAAUAAAUGAAGAGAUAAAAGAAGAAAUAAAAGAAGAAAUAAAAGAAGAAAUAAAAGAAGAAUUUAAAGAAGAGGUAAAAGAAGAAAUAAAAGAAGAAUUUAAAGAAGACUUAAAAGAAGAAAUAAAAGAAGAAUUUAAAGAAGACAUAAAAGAAGAAAUAAAAGAAGAAAUAAAAGAAGAAUUUAAAGAAGACUUAAAAGAAGAAGUUAAAGAAGAAAUAAAAGAAGAAAUAAAAGAAGAAAUAAAAGAAGUUAAAGAAGAAAUAAAAGAAGUUAAAGAAGAAAUAAAAGAAGUUAAAGAAGAGGUAAAAGAAGAAAUAAAAGAAGAGAUAAAAGAAGUUAAAGAAGAAAUAAAAGAAGAAGUUAAAGAAGAAAUAAAAGAAGUUAAAGAAGAAAUAAAAGAACAAAUAAAAGAAAUAAAAGAAGAAUUAAAAAAUGAUAUAUCAAGUGAAACAAUAAAAGAAGAAAAAAAUACAGAACAUAAAAAGGAAGAAACCGAAAAAAAGAAAUUUAUACCUAAAAGAGUUAUUAUGUAUCAGCAAGAAUUAAAAGAAAAAGAAGAAAGAAAUUUAAAAUUAUUAGAACAACAAAGAAAAGAGAGAGAAAUGAGAUUACAACUAAUUAGAAGUAAAACCCAAGGUACUUCAUCUACCUUUAUUCCAUCUGCAAAAUUAAAGCAUUUGGAAUCUUUAAAAGAGGAAAAGAAAAAAGAAGUAAAAACAAAUAUACCACCUAAAGAUAAUAAUAAUAAUAAUAAUAAUAUUGCUGUUUUAAAAAAUAAUAAAAACGAAGAACAAAAUGUUAUUAAAAAAAAGAGUAUAUUCUUAGAAAUAGCUGAAAAAACAGAAAAUGCAAAAAUUGUUGAAAAAACAGAUAUUGAAGAAAUAGCAAAAAAAAAGAGAGAAGAGCUUUACAAAAAACAAUUAGAAAAAAUUACCAAAAAAAAUGAAGAAAAUUUAAAAUAUAAUAAUAUAUAUAAACAUGAUGUAAAUAUAAUAAAGAAUUUUUAUAAUGAAAUAAAAGAUAAAAUAAUUCAAAAUUAUUAUUUUAAUCAAGACGAUUGUAUUUCCCUAUGUUCAAUCUUAAAAACGGAUGACUGUAACUAUAUGGAGAGUCACGUACCUUUUUAUGUGGUUAUAUCCAUUUUUAUGUUAAGUCUUCCUCAAAAACUUCAAAAUGAUGAUUAUUUCAAGAGAGCUAGCAAUAUUAAAAACCUUCUCAUUUAUUUAAAAGAGAAUAGCAAAAUUGAAAAUCACGAAGAUUAUAUAUUAAAUGAUACCCUAAAAUUUUGUGACCAGUUAAAAUAUCCACACUUAUCAGAAGAAACAUCAUUAAUUGAGACCAUAUUCGACACACUAUUAUAUUCUGGAGUUAUAUCAAAAAGUUCCUUUAUACAGUGGUUCCAAGAUGAUGAUUCAAACGCAGAAUUAAAAAGUAAAGCUAUGUUACAG